CUAUCUCGGAUUUCCCUGCAUCCUUUCUCCAUUUUGGCCCAGUACUAGUAAUCUUGACAGCGGUGCGGAGACAAGAUCUGCGCUGAAGAGCAGAAGAGCCGAAUGAUGGAAGGGGCCCUGCCCAACAGCCCAGGGAAGAUAGCGCUUCUUUCCCUGCUCUACUGAUGACAACCGUCGCAACGAGCGUCAUGGCUACGGCACUGAAACUCUAUACAUGCAGCCCAGCGGGUAUACUUCAGCCCUCCAACUCACUACCAUCACGACCAGCGUCGUAAACACGCCCACAACGAUCAUUAUCCUCGCAUCUGAUGCCACUACCUCAGUCUUCUCAGCCUUUCAGCCGUCAGGAUGGGAUAGUAGGAGUACGACGGAUUUUCUUACCAUUAGUCCAGCCGUCUGCCCAUAGCACUGGCUGUAUCAAGAAAUGUCAUCGACCAAGCACUACUCAGCUGCGUACUGCUGUGCUAGUGGUUUCGUAUUUCGAGCACCGGGGCAUGCUCUGCUGUGGUAGGUUGGCAUGUUUGUGCAAAAUUCAAAUCCGGCGAGACCACCAUCACCGCGCCGUUGGCGCCUAACAAAGAUAUAACGGGCCAACAGCUAAUCUCUCUAGGUCUGAAAGGCUAAAACGGGUGGCACACUUUAGUUAGCCACAUCAACCAUGGAUUAAAAAAAAGUUACCGAAUACGAACGACGGUUUCUUUUCGCCUCAUGCUCAUACCAACGUCAUUAUUCCGGAAGGCCCAUUAAAUAUUCUAUAUAGCUAACGAUGACUUUCAAAAACGUCGUGAACAUUUUGAAUUUUACAAACUACAAUCAAUAUAAAGAAUAUGGGACAAGAAUUGAAUCCAGAAUUUGAGAAAGUGAUCGGGCAUCAUUUCCAUGACCAAGGUUUGAUGGAGGAGGCUCUGGAAGAGUCUGGACUAGCAUCUGCAGGGAAUGAGCGGCUGGCCUUACUAGGAGACAAAAUUCUCGACCUUAUGCUGCUUCGUCGUUGGUACCAUGAAGGCAACACUACAGAGCAAGGGACAUGCCAGCUUCAGACUUACGCCUGCAACAAGCAGUUAACCUCUAUGGCUAGAGCCUUGGAUUUGCAGAGAUUUAUCCACCAAAGACCAGACCUAGAAAGGAGUGUACCAGAUAGCACAUUGGCUACUACCGUGGAAGCUAUUCUUGGUGCAGUUUGGCUUGAUUCCGACGAAGAUGUACAGCAGGUGAAUGAAGUUAUGGAGAAAAUUAGGCUGUAUCCAUCCUCUGGCCGCGUUCCUACCUGAUGUGCGGGAUCCUCCACAGGUGAAAGUUGAUUUAAAUAAUUUAAGUAUCC